UCAGAGGAAGUGACGGGAAUACUGGAGCCUUAAGAGUUGUUAGUUCAACGAACAGGGAAAAAAACUGUAUAAAGAGAAGGCUAUUAAGAAGAAACUGUUAGUGUAUGAAUAAGCCAGUGUUUUCUGAAUCACGAGCAAACAAUUAACUUGGAUGAAAAUUCUAAUGUUGACGGAGGCGCAACUUCUGCGAUCAUGACCGAGAUGCAAGUAUAGUUUACUAACUAUAUUAUUUUAUAAUCGACCGUCAGCUACCUCUCUAAAAAGUAGUUUACAUUCGCCGUCCACCGUUUUGUUGUCUGUAAUUUACUCUGACGACGAUAUGUCCCAUUGUUGUGUUAAAUGAGCUCUUUUGUAAUGAACGCGAGAGUGACUUUACCGGCUUCAGUCCAGAUAGCGUUCGUCGUGUUUACGCUGCUGUUAUCGGUAAGUGUUUGCUCACAGUUGACGGUACUUGUUCGUCUCAACGAUGGUCAAAUAACGGAGGAGCAAUUAGAGGCUGAUAGUGAGAAGGACAUCAUAACAGUGGAGUUCAGACAGACAGACGGGACUCUCAUCACAUUCCUGUCUGAUUUCAAACGCCACGUGAAGAUCUUUCGUGCUCUGGUGCUUGGGGAGCCAGAGAAGGGCCAAUCUCAGUACCAGGCCCUCUGCUUCAUCUCACAUUUGGAUCAUGGAGAGCUCAUCCCUAGUGAGGCCAUGGCUCGACUCAGACAGAAAAACCCACAUGUGGUGCGGAGUGCAGAUGAGAGACGUGGUGUGGAAGAGUUAAAUAUGAAUGUGGUGCUCAACAUGAGUCGCUCGUGGCACCUCAGCACUCAUAUUCAUAAUGUCUGCAGGGAUGCACGAGACCUGGUGUACACACGACAGCAAGAUGUCAAAUACUGGUUGGACAAAGGUGUCGAAGGUUCAGUAUUUGAGGUCUUUCCUCAGAGUCUGAAUGUGACUGGUUUGCAGAGCUGCAGCUCCACAACAGACCCAUGGCAGCCCUGCGCCUGCAGUUACAGGUUAAACCUGGAGUGGUUCCCCUGUCAGCUGAAGUACUGCCGGGGCCAGGGACAGAACCCUUACAAGUGUGGCAUUAAGAGCUGCAGCAAAGGCUACCGCUUCAGCUUCUACACACCUCAUAAACAGCUGUGCCUUUGGGAUGAGGACACUUAGCAGCUCCUGACAUUUACUCGUUUGGUUUUCUCAAAAAAAUGUUUUGUGGAAAACAUAUUGGCAAGGUACUCUGGAAUAAAACCAAUUUUGGAACCAAGGAACCAUUGUGAUAACGAGAUUAUAAAGAAAUUACUUGUGCACUUGAGUGUUUUGAAAGCAGCUAUAAAUUUUGUCUUUGCAGGGAACAUUUUCUGAUUUGUAUGCCUUUGGAGUGAAAGACUGGAUAUUUUGAUGUGGAUUGUCAAGCCAUUUAUCUUUUUACUUUUUGACAUCAUUACAAUGGUACCUCAGGGCAGGAAAUUGUGUUAUUAUAAGUUGUAUGUUUAGCUCUGCCUAGGGCAGCUGUAUUGUAGCUCUUGUCUUCUGUUUAGUUUUUAUGUAAUUUAACUUACUUAGGCUCAUGCCCAUAUUGCCUUCACUUUAAAGGAAUAGUUCAGACAAAAAUGAAAAUUUACUCACCCUCAGGCCAUCCAAGAUGUAGAUGAGAUGAGACUUUUUCUUCAUCAGAACAGUUUUGGAGAAAUCCUCUGCAGUAAAUGGGUGCCAUCAGAAUGUGUGUCCAAACUGCUAAUAAAAACAUCACAAUAAUCCACAAGUAAUUCACACAACCCCAGUCCAUCAAUUAACAUCUUAUGAAGUCAAAAGCUAUGUGCUUGUAAGAACUAUUUUUUUUUUUCUUCAUUUUUGGGUGAACUAUUGCUUUAAGUAGUAUUGCAGAAGCUUGCGAUUCUGCCUAGUGCAAAGUAUGCAUUGACUUUUCAAUAUCAGCAUAAACAUUUUCAAGACAAUUCACAUUUUUGUGUUUAUAAAGCUAGGAAUGUAAAGCUGUUACAAAAGGCCUAAGUGGCAGCUAAGAUUGUGUCUCUGGGCAUAUUGUGAUGUCAAUUUAUUGCAAAUUUAUUCAGUAGAUGCCAAAUUUCUUAUUCUCGGCUAAGUUGUUCUCUAUAGCCUUGACUAAUUCUAAUUUACAUUUCAAUUGCAGCUGUCUUAUGAAGAGUCUUUUGCUUUGGUUUGUGAUAUACAACAUGGGUGUGUGAGCUUCGGUCUGGCAAAGCUUUCAAAAGAUACGGCCCACAUACUCUCUUUUCUCUUGUGUCACUGUCCUAAAAUUAUGUGCUAGUUUCUCUAAUUUCUUCUUUUUGUCCAAACUUUUUUUUUCUUAUAGUAUGAAAAAUAUUUAGAAGAUAAAGCAUAAUAGGUUAAUGUGGUUCUUCAUGCAGUAUUUUUUUUUUUAUAAAACUGUACCAAAUGUUGUGUUCCAAUUCACGACAAGAGGCCUCAGUAUUAUUAUUAUUUUUUUUUUACAUUUAUUUAAUGUAUACAUUUAUAGUUAUUUUAUUACAUAUUUGCAAUCACUUUGAUACUAAUUUCUGAACCCUUUAUUUCAACGGUCUAGACACAAAACUCUUAACAGAGUCAGCUCAGACUGCAUCCUGUCUAGUUUGAAUCAGGUGUGUCAUCAUGACCCCUCAUCUGCAUUUAUAAGUCUGUCUGGGACACUGAACACCUGUUCACUCUGCGGAGACCCUCUGGGUGUCUUGCUUGACCGAGGUCUUCACAAGGUCACUAGGUCAAACUUGUUUAUAUUCUUUUUGUGGUCAAUAUCUCUCUCACGCAUUCAUGCACACAUUAUUAAAUUUUGUGCAUUUAAUAA